AUGGCUGUCGAGGGGCAGCCGCUGCUGGAACUGCCGGAGGGGCCGCGGGAAGAUCUCCCAGAAGCUGCGGAGCUGCCCGGGGCAGACAGGGCCCCGGAGAACGAAGAGCUCCCAGGAGCCGAGACAGCGGAAGAAGCCCAGAGACUUGGGGAAGGUCCCACAGGAACAGAGGCGGAGCCCAAGAAGGAGUUCCAAGAUCCGACGAGGGAGCUCCAGAGCGUGGAGGCCUUCGUCACGGGCCUUCAGGAGUGGGUCAGGAAGCAGGCGGAUUCUGUGGCGCAAGAACAGGACCUCUCCCUGGCCAAGGAGCAGCUCGAGGAUCUCAUGCAGGAGGUCGUCGUUGCCCAAGAGAAGUUGGAGAGCGCGGUGCACCAAACCCUGGCUUUGCAGCGCGACCUGGCGCUGGCCACAGACCGCUCCCUGGUGCUCCGCGCCGAGGAGCAGGAGCACAGCGGCACUGUGGAGAAGAAGCAGCUGAUCGUCGCAGCUCGCGCGCACCUCCGUCAAUGCCUCUGCCGUGAUCCUGCCGGAAAGCUCUGGCCGAUAUGGUCUACCAAAGCAGCCGAUCUCCAAGAGUAUGGCCCAGGCAUCUCCCUCUAUUUCGGCUUUACGGUACGUCUUGGCAUCACCUUCGCUCUCUGUAGCAUUCUGGUGCUGCCGCUGCUGUUGCUCAGCCUGGUUGGGAACGGACUUGACAACAUCGACGCGGGCACGGGAGAGCUUGGUGUACUGGCAUGGAGCACUCUGGGCAACCUACAGAAAAACGGAACCAUCAACUCAGGUCCCUUCGACAUCCCGGCCGCCGACUUUAGCUACUGGGCCGGUCUGCUGGAUGCUGUGGCCAUGGGCGCCACUUGGGCCGUCGCGUUUUGGUUUUGUCAGAAGACGAUCCCCGACGCGGUGGCACGAGAGAGGAAGGAAGUGGUGACCCCCGACGCCUACACGCUGUACAUCAGCGGCCUCCCGCGGCGUCUUGAGCAGCACUUGCAGUACGAGCAGCUCCUGAAGGAUCACUUCGAGCGAAUGCUCAAUGCGGAGCUCACCCCAGAAAUCGCUGGGACCGGGGUGGAGGUGAUCAACCGGGCGGAGCAGUUCAUCAACGAACCUCCCGCCAG